CCACUAAGCAGCGGUUUCCGGUUCCGCCAGUCUCUUUCUCUUCAGCGAGGCGGCCGAGUUGACACCGGGCGAAAAGACACCGUUGCGGAGAUGCAGAUUUUUGUGAAGACCCUGACGGGCAAGACCAUCACCCUCGAAGUCGAGCCCAGCGAUACGAUUGAAAAUGUCAAGGCCAAGAUUCAGGAUAAAGAAGGCAUUCCGCCGGACCAGCAACGUUUGAUCUUUGCCGGUAAGCAGCUGGAGGAUGGCCGCACUCUUUCAGACUACAACAUCCAGAAAGAAUCCACUCUGCAUCUGGUGCUCCGUCUGCGUGGUGGCAUUAUUGAGCCUUCACUUCGCCAACUUGCUCAGAAGUACAACUGUGAUAAGAUGAUCUGUCGCAAGUGCUAUGCCCGCCUGCACCCUCGUGCAGUGAAUUGCCGUAAGAAGAAGUGUGGCCAUACCAACAAUCUGCGCCCAAAGAAGAAGGUCAAAUAAACGGCAAUUUCUGUGGUUAGGCUUUACUUGAAUUAAAGUUCAUAGAAUGGCCUGAAUGUGCUCCGACCUAAUAAAAUUCUCUUUCGUUUGAGGAGAUAA